CCAUUCAUGUAACUCUUUCCAUUAUAUAUAUGGUUAGAUCCCAAAGAGAAAUUUCACAUACCAAAAGAUAUGGCAACAAAGCUUCUACUACUUGUUCUACUUUUAAAUCUUCUCAUGGUCAAAGAUGCACAAUCCGUAGGCGUGUGUUACGGCCGACUUGGCGACAACUUACCCUCCGAACGCGACGUGGUUAGCCUUUACCAACGAAACGGCAUAACCAGGAUGCGGAUCUAUGAUCCCCAUCAACCUACUUUGGAAGCACUAAGAGGAACCAAUAUCGAACUCAUGAUUGGCGUCCCUAACGACGCCCUACAAUCGCUUAACGAUCAAAAUAAUGCAAACACAUGGGUUAGAGACAACAUCCAAAGGUACUCCAACGUAAGGUUCCGAUACAUAGCCGUUGGAAAUGAAGUCGAUCCAAAUAACGGCAACAGUCGAUUCGUACCAUUUGUACUCCCGGCCAUGCGCAACAUUCUUACGGCCGUUAGAAAUGCGGGCCUUGGUAACCAAAUUAAGGUGUCGACCGCCACCUAUUCGGGUCUUUUAGGAUCAUCAUUUCCACCUAGCAAUGGCGCGUUUCGUGACAACGUACGAGGUUUUAUCGAGCCGAUAAUACGAUUUCUCGCACAAAACAACCAGCCUAUGCUUGCCAAUAUCUACCCCUACUUUAGUGACCCGGGUAGGAAUCUCCCAUACGCGUUGUUCACCGCGACACAAGCAGUGGUGAAUGACAACGGUCGCCAAUAUUUCAACCUUUUUGACGCCAUCUUAGACGCUCAUUACGCGGCCCAAGCGCGCCUUGGUGGUGGGAAUGUUGAGAUUGUCGUGUCUGAGAGCGGGUGGCCUUCGAGUGGGGGUCCGGUAGCGACGGUACAAAAUGCUGGAACCUAUGUUAGGAAUUUGAUAGCACAUGUUAGAGGGACAAGGGGAACACCCUUGAAGCCUGGAAGAUCUAUAGAGACAUAUUUGUUUGCAAUGUUUGAUGAAAACAGGAAAACUGGGAAUGUGGAAGAAAGGUUUUUUGGGCUCUUUACCCCUAAUCAGCAACCUAAAUAUGGUCAACUCAACUUCAAUUAGCAUAAGGGUUAUAUGGAUGAAUAAAAGUGUUGAUUGCUUCUAUGUAUCGAUACAAACUCUAAUAAAAGUGUUUUAUGGCAAUUAUAUGCUUGAAGUUUGAUUA